AUGACCACUGAUGAUGAUGAUGCGCAUCAAGAGCUUGUUCAUCAUGUGGAUGGUCAUAGGAAUGGCGAGCUUAUAGAAGAAGAAGAAGAAGAUACUAUAGUGGAUGCUAAGGAAGACGAAGGUGAAGUUGUUGGAGAUACUCUCCCUCUGAAAACUAGUCUCAGAAAGGUGGAUUCGAAUUCUACAGAAGCUGAGAAGACGAAGAAGAAGGUACAGUGGGUGGAUUUGCUAGGGAUUAAAGAGCUUGCUGAGAUUCGAGAAUUCGAACCCAGUGAAGAAGAUGAUAUUGACUCUGACAGGGGAAAAACCUGCGUCUGUGUUAUCCUGUGA